AUGAAUAAUAAUAAUAAUAGAAAUAGUAAUAACAAUCAUAGAUUUAAUGACAUACGAAGCAACAGUGAAACAAUAGAGUUACUUGGUGCACGACUACCAUUGUACAUUGGUUCGAGCUAUGAUGCACUCAAACAUUGGUCACCACAGUCAAAUGACAAAGUAUUUCCUCCUCUUCGUAGAAGGUAUCUACAUCUAGUGCAAGACUUGGAGUGGGUCAUCAAGAACAAGUACUUUGGUCUAUUGAAAGAUAUCUUGACAUCACACCUAAAAGAUGUGAACGUUACACCAAAGCUGAUCGAAUUGACUCAGCAAUGUGCUGGUGAUCCCGAAUUGAUGCAGUUCCUAUUGACAAGCCUGUCACACCAAUUUAAAGAAUACUUUGGCUCGGAAGACAUAAACACCAAACAAUCCUCGCAUCGUUACUUUCGAACAUCUCUACCUCCAGUUGGAUUGAUUGCAGGUUACCUCUUGGGAAUUGUCAUUCAUGGUGAUAUUCAAGUUUGGAAUGCAAUCAUUAAUAUUAUCAACUCUAUUCAAAACAACAACAACAAAAAUAUUAAUAAUAAUAAUACUACGCAAUCAGAUGAUAAUAUUAAUAAUAGUAAUAAUACAUCAACUAAAUCAAAAAGUGUAUUUAGUAGUAUUUUUUCUAGAACCAAGAAAGAAAAGGAAAAGAAAUCAAAUGAAUCAUCGUCAUCGUCAAUAUCAUCACCAUCAUCUAUUCUACACUUGUUAUUUAGACGUACAAAUAUACCAGAGGCUAUAUUGAAAUCUAAAAACUUUACAGUUGAUAUGAUUAUCAAACAAUGUAUUAUAUCCAACAAGAAAGAGAUACUCGUCAACAUUGUAGAGACUAUUGGUGCAAAGGAACUGGGUGCUUUUAUCGACAGUAUGGCAGAGUCUAAACAUGGCAGCAUGUUGGCAGUCGACCUCUUUGAUGUGGACAAUAGUAAUACUCUUGUCUACCUCUAUCAAACACUACCAAUUAAAACAUUUUCCAAUCUAUUUGGUAAUCCCAUAUCAGCUAUUUUAGCAACCAAAGAUACAACAACCAUCACCAAUUACCUCAGCAACUGUGAAAUUGAUCAAGUUACAGCCACAAAUCAUAUCACACAAUAUAUUACCUAUUUAUUUAAACCUUCACCAUCCUCUUCAUCUCCUUCGCCUUCAUUCCAACAUAUUUCAUUGAUUCUAAAUCAUUUUGGAAUAUUUAAUCAAAAUGAAUCAACCAAAAUAGUAGAACAAAUGAAACAACUGGUAUCACAUAAAGAAGAGGCAAAAGGAGCAGGGUUAUUAUACUGUGCAGAAUUAUAUUUAACAAUGAUAAAACAUGACCAACAUAAAAGAGAAUUAAUCGAUCGAUCUCAACAUACUUCAACAAUGGGAGGUUCUAAAGAGGUUAAAAUAUUAUUUUCAAUAUAUCAAUACCUCAUCCCUACUUUGGAUAAAGAAGGAGAAGGAGAAGAAGAAGGAAAAGCAGAAAGAUAUACUAAAAGAUGUGAAUAUUUAUUAGAUAGAGUUGGAUUUGGAUUUAUUUGCAAACUUGGAUCAUUAUCACUUGUAAAAUCAUCAUUAUCACUUUUACAAUCAAGAUCAUUUGGAAAUCAAUAUAUCAACUUGUUAUCAAAUAGAUUAGAGGUUGUAGAGUUUUGUGGUGAUGUUAUAUGUAAUCAAAAAAUUGUUGGACUGGAAUUUGAUUCAAGAGAUUCAAUGCAAGCUUUAACACUUGCCUAUUCACGUAAUCAAUGGGAUAUUAUAAGGUACAUAGUUCUCAUUGUUCUACCACGUUUAGAUAAAACCAUUACAUUAAUUCGUGUUCCUCCACUAUUGGUGCAUCGUGCAGCUCAACUCGGUCACCAUGAUGUAGUCAGAAUCUUAUCAAUCUAUGUUGACAAUUAUUCUGGUAAUGAUGAACCAACUAAUCAACAACAAACUAGUACAACUACAAUAGAGACAGAUCCAUUGAUCAAGGAAGAAAACCAACUCAUAGAGACAGCCAAAACUUUCUUACGUAUUGAAAAUAAUCCUCCAGCUCAUGUGGUCCGUAUGAGUUGGCAUCGAUCAUAUCAAGAUGCCGUAUCUCGACAAUGUUAUCCUUUAAUCGAGUAUCUUUUAACAAUAGAUCUCAGGUACCAACCAACACCACCAAUGAUAGAACUCGAUCGUCCAUUGGCAAUGAGCAAUUUUUCAUUUGUCAAAAAGCUUCUCCAAUCCCCACUUAACAUUCCACUUGUUGUUGCUCUAGAGUCAACUUGGAAGAUUGUUGGUAUGUAUGGUACUGUCGAAUGGAUCACACAAAUCCUCCAAAAAUAUCCUCCAACUUUCAAGUGGCAAAGAACAUACCUCGAUCAACUUGUUCAAGGUGCUAAAAUGAAUUAUGAACAUGGUGCCCAAAUAUUAAAACACAUCAAUGAAAAUGAUAUCCUUGUAAAAUAA